UUUUUUGCAUUAUUGUCUCUGUGUGUCGUUCAUAUUGAUAUCAGCGCCGACCGUGAUAAUUUUGUGAAUUUUCUAAUAUUAUUUUUUUUUUUAUAUAUUUUUUGGCAUGUGGAUUGUGGUUCCUAUAGAUGCCCCCUGUAUACUGAAAACAAAAGCAAUAUUAUGGUUCUGGUGUUUAUUGCUGAUUUUAUUUAUUGACUGGUUGAAUAAAUAAAAAAAAAUGACGACAAACGCAACGACAAUUAAGUUGGAGGAGAAUCAAGAGUCUGUUACAGAAAUACAAAGUUAUAUUCAAACAUUUAAAGAAAUUGAAGGAGCUCAAGGUGAACAACUUCAUCAUGUUCUUGAACCAGUUGAAGGUAUAACAGGAGGUGAAGAAGGUGGUUCAUAUUUUGUCGAUGAAACAGGACAAUAUUAUUAUCAAUCAAAUUCUGAUGAUCCACCAGUUAUGACACAAGUACAAAUUGAAGAAAUUGAUGAAGUUGAUGAAAAUCAACAAGGACAAUAUGAAGUUGUUGAAGAAUUAGAAAAUCUUGGUACAGUUAAUAAUGAUGGAAAAUUAGAAAUGAAUGGAAAUGGUGAUUCAAAUUCUGGCUAUCAAUCAGUAACAAUUGUACCAAAUGAAGGAAAUUCAAAUGAAGUAUCAUAUAUUGUUGUUGUUAAACCAAAUCCAGAUGAUGAAACAAUUGAAAAUCAAGAUAAUCCAGAUAAUGAAGAUAAUCAAGAUUUAACAGUUUAUGAUUUUGAAGAUAAUGAUGGUGAAGGUAAUAAUGAUGAAGAAGUUGAUGGUGAUAAAACAAAAGUUGUUAAAUAUACACCAAAAAAAACACAAGCAGUAUCACAUAUGUGUAAUUAUUGUAAUUAUACAAGUCCAAAAAGAUAUUUAUUAUCACGUCAUAUGAAAUCACAUUCUGAAGAAAGACCACAUAAAUGUAGUGUUUGUGAAAGAGGUUUUAAAACAUUAGCAUCAUUACAAAAUCAUAUUAAUACACAUACUGGUACUAAACCACAUAGAUGUAAAUAUUGUAACAGUGCAUUUACAACAUCAGGUGAACUUGUUAGACAUGUUAGAUAUCGUCAUACACAUGAAAAACCACAUAAAUGUACAGAAUGUGAUUAUGCAUCUGUUGAAUUAUCAAAAUUAAAAAGACACAUUAGAUGUCAUACUGGUGAACGUCCAUAUCAAUGUCCACAUUGUACAUAUGCAAGUCCAGAUACAUUUAAACUUAAACGUCAUUUACGUAUUCAUACUGGUGAAAAACCAUACGGAUGUGAUAUUUGUAAAGCAAGAUUUACACAAUCAAAUAGUUUAAAAGCUCAUAAACUUGUUCACAAUAUUGGUGAUAAGCCAAUAUUUCAAUGUGAAUUAUGUCCAACAACAUGUGGACGUAAAACAGAUCUUAGAAUUCAUGUACAAAAACUUCAUACAUCAGAUAAACCAUUAAAAUGUAAACGUUGUGGUAAAACAUUUCCUGAUAGAUACAGUUUUAAGUUACAUAAUAAAACUCAUGAAGGUGAAAAAUGUUUUAAAUGUGAAUUGUGUCCAUAUGCAUCAAUAUCAGCAAGACAUUUAGAAAGUCAUAUGUUAAUACAUACUGAUCAAAAACCAUAUCAAUGUGAUCAUUGUUAUCAAUCAUUUAGACAAAAACAAUUAUUAAAAAGACAUUGUAAUUUAUAUCAUAAUCCAACAUAUACACCACCAGCACCACAAGAAAAAACUCAUCAAUGUCCAGAAUGUGAACGUUCAUUUAGACAUAAAGGUAAUUUAAUAAGACACAUGGCUGUACAUGAUCCAGAAUCAUCAUUACAAGAAAAAAAUAAAGCAUUAAAAAUUGGUAGACAAAAGAAAAUUCAAAUUAUUGAUGGACAAAGAGUUGAAGUUAUGACUGGUUACGAGGAUGAAGAGGAAGAGGAAGAAGAAGAAGAAGAAGAUGAAGAUGAAAUGAUGGCUGUUGAAGGAAGUGAUGGACAACAGUAUGUUGUACUUGAAGUUAUUCAGCUUGCUGAUAAUCAAGGAACACAACAAAUGGCUGUUGAUGGUGAAUUUAUGAUGCAAGAUCCAUUGAGCGAAGAACAUGCAACAAUACUUGGGGAUAUUGAAGAAGAAGAAGAGGAAGAAGAAGAAUUAGAAUUAGAAGGAGAACAAGUGGAAGAUAUUAAAUACGUACUUGAAGAAAGUAAAACAACUAAAAAUGAAGAAAAUUCAAAACAUCGUGAAGAUGUUGAAACUUGUUUUGGUUUUGAUGGGGAAGAAGAUGAGGAAAAUGAAGAUGAAUAAUUUAAAUUUAAAUUCAAUAUUGUAAUUCUGA